AUGCUCCAAGCAACUCCCAUUACACUCUUCCUCUUUCUCGCUUCCGUGCUGGUGUAUCUGCGUCUGCGACGGUCUUUACCUCUCCCGCCAGGCCCUCCUGGACUACCCAUAGUUGGAAAUGCUUUGGAAAUACCGCCUUCGCAUCAAUGGCUGAAGUACUCCGAAUGGUCCAAGUCAUAUGGGGAUAUAAUGCACCUUAAUGCGUUGGGCCGACACCUGAUAGUCCUUGACUCGUUGCAUGUCGCGCGGGACUUAUUGGAGAAGCGAAGUGGCAUCUAUUCUGACCGGCCAAAGUUUACCAUGAUAUCUGAUCUCAUGGGAUGGGACUGGGCUAUCCAGUUUAUGUCUUACGGCCCUCGGUUCAGGCAAUACAGGUCAAGUGUCGUGGGGCAGCUACGAAAACAAGUCCUGCCUCGUAAUCAUCCUAUACAGCUGCGCGAAGCCCGUCAACUGGUCCGGGAGCUUCAUACGUCUCCGGACAGGUGUCUCUCUUUGAUCAAACAUGCUUCUGGGGUAACAAUGAUGUCGAUCUUGUACGGGUGCAAAAAUGAUGGGCGCAGGGACGAAUACGUUCGCGUAGCAGAUGCAGCAACGGAGUCGCUAGUGAUUGCAGGAAAUGUAGGUCAAUACCUGGUUGACUUCGUUCCAGUUUUGAAGUAUGUCCCCGAAUGGCUCCCGGGAGCGACAUUUCGACGGCAAGCUCGCGAAUGGAGGAAGUUAUGCUCUGACCUGAUAAACAAGCCAUUCGGCGACGUAAAACAAUCUCUGAUCGAGGGAACGGCGAGUCCAUCAUUGGUCGAGCAUAUGCUACAGGGUGAGGAAUCGCGACAGGACGAGGAUAUUAUAAAGGCGACCGCAGGCGUACUUUAUCUUGGGGGAGCAGAUACCACCCUAUCUGCAUUCUACUCAUUCAUGCUGGCGAUGGUCCUUUUCCCCGAUGUCAUGGCGAAGGCACAAGCUGAAAUAGACUUAGUCACCGAAGGGCAGCGGCUCCCCGAGUUCUCUGACAAGGCGGCUCUACAGUAUUGCCUCUGCCUGGUUCUCGAAGUGUUUCGGUGGGUCCCCGCUGUUCCCCUAGCGGUCCCACAUCAGUCAAACGAAGUUGAUCAAUAUCGAGGAUAUGUCAUUCCGAAAGGGUCCAUAGUGUUCGUGAAUGUGUGGUCGAUUCUUCAUGACGAGAAAUUGUACCCGGACCCUUCGCAGUUCAAUCCGGACCGUUACAUGCCUGGUACGGAAAAGACACCCCAGCUCGACCCUAGGGAAGUGGCAUUCGGUUUCGGCCGGCGCUCAUGUCCUGGUAUGAACUUCGCCGAAGAUCACCUGUGGAUAGUCUUCGUUACAAUUCUGUCCGUCUUCGAUAUCAGGCGCACCAAAGAUAAGCAGGGCACCGAGAACCCACUACCGUCGCAUGAUUUCAAGGUUAGUUCCGGUAUGGUCAGGUAUGUUUAUGAGUUUUUUACAACAAGUACCUCACUUCAAUGA